AGCACCGGACGCGCCGGGCGCGCGGCCCCGCCCCUUCCUGCGGCUGCCCAAUGGGCGCGCAGGCCGCGGUUUAAAUGGCGGGGCGGCCGCGGGCCCGGGUCGUUGGUGCCGCCAUGGGCAGCGCUGAGGGCGCAGAUUGGGUUGAUGUUGCCAAUGAUCUUUUAAGGACGUGUCACAUAAACCAGCACAUAAAGCAUCUCUCAGAAUGUGGUGCUGACCUGUUUGUUUGUCUUUAUGAAUCAAUCUUAGGAGAGAAAGUACCAGAUUUCAUUGCUACUCCCAGAAGCCAAGAGGAUGAUGCACAUAAUGUACAAGCAGUAAUAGAUUCCCUGGCAUUGGAUUAUUUGCAGGUCAGCUUGUCUCACAUCACAGGUGAGAACAUUGUGAAAGGAGACAGGGAAUCUAUCAAAAACCUCCUCGAAAUAUUUGAUGGUUUGUUAGAAUAUCUUAGAGAAGUCAGUGAAACAUCUUCUCAGACUGGAGCUGAGAUAAAUGUGCUGUCUAGUGAUGAAAUUCAAAUUGCAUCUCAAGAGCAGCUGGAAAGCACUGCUGAUCAACUUACAGAACGUACACUGCUCUCAUCAGCUGAAAGGUCCCCGUCAGAAUAUUUUAUUUUAACUUGUGAUACAGAUGGCUCAGGAUCUACCAGUGAAUUAAUUAAACUUGGCGAUACUGCUUAUUCAUUUUCCAAGAGAGGGGAAGAAAAGGACACGGGAGUAGAAGACUCUGCAAGCACAGAGGCUCUUGCAGCAUUGCCCAGACAGUUCUCAGAAAGUGAAAGGGGGACUGCAAAUGAAAGGGAAGAGGGAGGGAUGGAGUCUGUUGGUGCUGCUGAACCUCACAAAGGGAGUUUGAGUGUCAGUGCUACAAAGCUGGGGGAGCCUAUCCAGCAGGCAAUUCCUCUGCUGCCCCCGUUCCAGCCCUCAGAUCCAGCAUGGAGAGAUUACCACAGCUCAGACAGACAGGCAGCAGCUCUGGCUUGCAGUCAAGCAGUGAACAUUCCUACUAUUGAAAAGUCACUUACCCAAAAAUUUCAUGGUGUUUCUGAUGGUCUUCCUCUAUCCAGAAAGAUCCCUGGAGAAAUGCUGGGAGAUGAUGCCAAGGACAAUGUGACAAAGGUGCCUCUGGUAUGUGAGUCUUCUAUAUCCACCUCUUCUUUAGAGGAAAAGCUCCCGUUACGUGCUGAACAAGUAACACAAACCCCAAGACCUGAAUCUCAGCAAUGGCCUCAAACAACAAGCAAAUACAAGAAUUCCACCACAGAUUCAGCUGAAGAUUCACUUUCCCACAGAACAACAAAGGAAAAAGUGCCUGAGGAAGAGUUUAAUGAAGCAUCAGAAAAUCUGUCUCGCAGGCUAAAUGAACUAGAUUUAAUGCUGAAGAGAGCUUUGGGUGAGCACACGAGAGAAGAGGAGCUGACAGAUGAGGACAGCCUGUCCCACCACAGUGACAGUGUCAUGGACUAUGGCCGAAGGAUAGCUGGGAGAGGCACAUCACGUCCAAGGUACCGGGGCAGGCCAAGAUCCCUCUCUCCAGCCUCACCCUUAUCUCAGCACCAGGAACAUAAACUAAGUGGCAGCGGAAUAGGCCAGGUAAAGACAAUACGCAGCCGCCUGCAGGAAGAAAGGAAUGAAAGAACAAGAAAAGCAAAGCUGGUCACUAAAGCUUAUGAAAAUGAGCUAAGAAUUUUUGAAGCGAGGGAGAAGUGUAGAAUUUCCAAGCUCAGAGAAGCUGCCAAGGAAAUGGAACAAGAGUACAAAGAAAAUGUCUUUCAAGAACCUCCAAAAGUGUCUCAGCGAGCGAAAGUUUAUUCUAGAAAAACCACACCUCAGUAUCCCAAAUACAGCCAGUGGAUUCCAAAACGAGGGAUCGUGAAGCCAAAGCAAGCAGCUCCAAUGACAAUAAGAGACAAUGACCUCCUCUUGCAGCUCCUGGAGGAGUUUCCCCACCUGCACAUUUCCCCCCGUACUCUGAAUAAAAUGUGGCAUCAGCAGCUUGCACAAACUGCACACCUCAAGGCACCCUCUGCCAGACCUAGACCAAACCUCCAAAAUGAAGUUGAACAAGCCUUGAAGAAACAUGAGCUGCUUUCUGCAAUUAUUAAGAAAGAUCAAGAUCACAGCAAGAGACUGCAAGAAAUCAAGCAGCGCAUCCACCGGCAGAAGUGGGCUCAGAACAAAGUGACGGAGAAGCGGCAGCAGAUGGCCCGGGCCAGGAAAUACUACGAGGAUUACAGGGUCCAGCUCCGGGCCAAGCUGCUGCGGGCGAGGACGCGCGAGGAGAGGAUAUUUAAAAACUUAUUUGAAGAAGGCUUAGAAAUUCAGAAGCAAAGACUGAGGGACCUGAGAGCUUAUGCUCGGGAGAAGCGUGAUGAGCAACGGAGAGAGCACCAGAUUGCGCUGGAGUCUCUGGAGAACUAUUACAAAGAUCAGUUUUCCAUGCUAGCAGAAGCUAUAUCUCAAGAAUUCCAAGAAAUCCAAACCAGAGAGAAAGCACAAGCACAAAUGCUACAAAAAUCAAAAAGUGAAGUGCGAUCAAAGAUGGAAAAGGAAAUACAGCAACUGCAAGCAGCAAUCAUGCACAAUGAUGAUGACACAUUUUUUCAAGAACUAGAAGCAGACAGACUGAGAUCCAGACUUCAGAUUGCUUCCUUCCAGUACAGCCAAAGCCACUUCUUCUAAGACUUGGGAAGAUGGUGUAGCUUUGCUGAGUUUUGAGGAGACAUCUGUUCACCAGUGCUGAGGUAAAGUCCUUGCCAAGCCAUGCCAGUACCUGAGGGCCAGAACUAAGACCUGCUGUGUUUGACUAGAGCGUUCAGCACACUCUUCACUGUAGGUAACAGCAUGUAGGAAGUCACCAAGUUUCAAGUAUUUUCUCCUGAAAUAAAGUCGAGUUACUUAAAAAGGACAUUGUUACAUUUUACAGAUUUAAUUAAGAAAAACUUAAAAACUUUUAAAACCAUUGAUGCUGUGACAGUGCAAACAGCAUACAAUUUAUUGCUCAACUUCUGCAUGGGUACAUACAUUAAGUACUUAAAAACCAUUUUAUACAGAUUUUUUUUGUUAAAGCUCAUGUAACAGCUGGGUGAAAAUACAAUGAUACCAAUGCUAAAACACUCUGUAAUAAAUACAAUGAAAAUGA